AACUUCUUCCUCGUCCUCUUCUCGGAGUUGCUGCUCUGCGUCCUGGCCUCCUUUUUGCUGUGUUCUGCCACAGCCUCUCGCACAUGCUACGCCUCCUCGCUUCCCCGCUAAGUCUCUAGCUCAGUUCAGCCCCCUGUCUCUGCCUCUACCUCCUUGUCUGCAUCCUACGCGCUGCGCACCGUUUUUUCGGUUCCUUCAAUGCCCAGCAGCUUCCCUUCGCGCCCCCUCUAGAUUGUUUCAGGAUAUUUGCGGAGGCGGAGCGGUGUGCGGGGAGUGCAAUUUGAGUGGGACUGGAUUAUUGGAUUGAUAAGUGAAUUAUGCUCUUCUUCACCACUGGAAAUUGAAGAGUGUUCGAUCUUGGGUGGGGUCGCCCCUGGGCCCUUUGGAUGCAGGACGUAGACAGUAAUGAUUAAGUCUGCCUCGCGCAGUAGCCCAGAAUUUGAAUUGGAGCUGCGAUAGUUCGCAAACAGAUCAAUGCGAGAGGCUGUACAAAUUUGUUCAAGAUCACGAUCUUCAGCUUAAUUCGCAUGGAUCAUAACUGAUGGUAAUCUCACUGUAGACAGCCAUGGGGGCGUUGACAGAACUUUGCAACGUUUUGGCAGAGACCAAGUGUGCUCCAUCUGCAGAAGCAAUUGCUGUGCUACGAGAUCAAUGCCCGGCCCCUGGCUUCUCGCAACGUACGCCAGUGCAACUUUCAGGACGCCAGUUUAAUGGCAUAUUGCUUCUUGCCCGGUAUUUGUCACGCACUAGCGACAGAGAUAAUAUACCCGAGAUUUUUUCUCUUGUUCUUGAAUUCUUUCAGGGUGUUACCUCAAUCGUCAAAGAUGAUUCGACCUCCAGCCCAGAUAAUAUGGAUUUGUAUUUUGAGGAGCUUCUCAAGUAUGUUGUGGAGGUUACAAAAGUUUGCCCGGCUGUUUCUAGAAACUUGAGUAAGAUUAUUUCUGGAUUCAUUGAGAAAUUUAUACUGGAUUCGUUGCAAGAAGGUUCGAUUCUUGCUAAAGAGAAUCCCUCUCUGACAAAGGCAUUGUUUUCAGCAUUGGCCAAAGGAUGUCCUUCAUUGAUUGCAGAUGAUGCAGAACGUAUAGCACAAAGACUUUUGGAGCACUGGAUUAUUCCCGUUGAAUCAUCUUUAGCACCGUUCCCACCUCCAGAAACUCAUAAUGGUGAAUCUCCAGCAAUGUAUCAUACACCUGAGAAUAACGUUACAUUGCACACCGAACCUUCUAUAGACGAUCCAUAUGAACUUAGCGCAAUUGGAAGUAAUUCUUUUCACACUCCCAAAUCCACUCCCUCCAAACUGAGUCCUAGCAUGACAGAUGGUUCUCAUGGCACUGCUGGUCUCGCUGAUAGGGUAAAUGGCUUGAGCAAGGGUGGAAGAAAAUUGCAGGCUUCCUUCGAAGCAGAGUCGCUGGAUACACUAGAAAGGCAGGAUCUAGCUAUGCAACUUUUCGUGCAAGUUCUGGAACAAGCCAGAGAUAGUGAUCCCCUUUCGCUUCAAUUGAGAGCUGCUUCAACAAGACAUCUUAAGGAUAUAGCUUUACUUCUGAAGAUUCGUAAGCGGGAUUGGACUGUAGACGGUGUACCGCUGCUUGCUAAGAUGAAUUUAAAGCUACAGACUGCUCAAAGAGCUUGUGUGGUACAACAGCGCUUUUUGAAACCAGAUCCAAACACAAAUCUUUCAAGAAGCUACUCAAAUGGCAAGCUGCCCAAGACCAUAAUUCGAGAUACACAUUCGUUGUUGAUGGACGUGGCAGAUGCCUGCAUUGUAUCACCAUGGCGAAGAUUGAAAUCUUGUGAAGCGCUAGUGGGUUCUCUUGUUUCUGUGGUGGCACAAGCUGGUGCCUUGCACGGUAGUCAGAUGUUUAAAAUUAUUUUACUACGUUUCAAGGGGCUUCUGUUAGCUGCAUGUGCUCAAGUUGAUGUGUCAUGCACAAGUCCUUUGCUAUCAAGCGUUGUCAAAUCCGUCUGUACAUUGAUCGGUGAAGGCUGGAAUUUAGAUAGGACUGCCAUUGAAUCUUUCCUCCUAUCAUUGGCAGCUUAUGUUCGGGAACGACUGGCACAGGAGAAAAAAGAUAAGCAAAUGACUGCAGUGACUCAGCUAAACGUCAUAUCUUCACUCGCUGAUAUUGCAGUCUCGCUAAAGAAGUCAGAUGCAGUUGAUUUAAUAUUGCCUCUCUUCAUUGAGAGCCUGGAAGAGGGAGAUGCUUCUGUUCCAAGUCUCGUAAGGCUCAAGGUCCUGAAUUCAUUGGCGCGCAUGGCAUGCUUGGGCUGUAACAAAUCCUAUAGGGAGGUUGCUGUGCAGCUCACGCGCGGUUACAUGAGCAGGCUUUUAACAUUGGAAUCCGCAUUCAGUCGGCUUGCUCCUGAGCUAACUACUGAAUGUGAGGAGACUCUUCCAAGCGCAUUUCUAUAUAUUUCUCAAAGCUUGAAGGAUCCAAACAUGCGUACAGACUAUCGACAACGGCUUCUGAUACUCUGCUCUGAUGUCGGUUUAGCUACCGAGUCCAAAGAAUACAGGAGUGGUCAAAAACUUCUUGGGCCGCUUCUUCCAGCUGUAGCUGAAAUAUGCUCUGACUUAGAUCCAGCUGAAGAGAUGGAGCCACAAUUGUUGAAGCUGUUGCGUAAUCUCUGGUUCUACAUUGCCUUAUUUGGUUUGGCCCCACCUAUUCAAAAAGUUCCUAUGUCAUCGAAGUCUGCUUCUUUGAGCAGGAGCCAAGUAACUAUGAGUAGAAGUCAGCAAACGAUGAAUGGGAUGUACGCUAUCAGCGGGCCCUAUCUAUUGAGCCCUGACUGGGCUGCAGCUGUGAUUCGUCUCACACUAGCCACUCCAGCAUUAGUCGUGAAUCCAAUGAAGUGGCUAGAGGAUGAGCAGGAGCUGAACGCAUUGCAUAAUGCAGACAGUCGCCGAAGGGUUACUAAUGAAAAGACUUCAUUGAUAAUGCUCUCUGCUGCGUUGGGUGGGCAAGUUGAUGUUGCUUCCAUGUCCACAAUAACAGGCGUGAAGGCAACAUACCUUCUAGCAGUUGUCUUCCUUGAGACACUACGCAUGAGUCGACGUGGAGGGAUAUUAAAUGACAAGGAAACAACCGGAAAUCGUAGAAGUGCUUUGAUCUGCCUAUUCAAAUAUCUGGAGACCGCAAGUCCAAAUGCUGCAGUUGAUCAAUGUCUUACCACGAUUGUUUAUCGUGCCUUUGGUGCUGCUUUAACAUGGCUGGGAGAAGAGCGGUUGUUUAGUGGAGACGAGAUAGAAGUAAAGCAGGGAAUUCUUACUGCUCAUGCGUGCUUUUUGAUCAAGCACGCAACUCAUCGCGAGGAGUCAGUUCGUGAAAUGGCAGACAGUUUGCUAAACCAGCUGAAAAACAAAUUCCCACCAGUUUUGUGGAAUAAGCAGUGUUUGGAAGCAAUGUUGCGUUUAUUGUCUGAACAACCCCCGCUGCAAUCUGUUGUAGAUGCUACUGCAGUAAGAGAACUAUCACACCAACGAGUACAAGAAUGGAUUACAUAUGCCCUUUUAUAUGCACCAUCUACAACGCAAGGUCUUAUACAGGAAUAUUUUCGGCAGGUGACUGCAUCCCAGAAUGUGGCUCAUUCAAGCGACAUUAUUGCCUUAUUAUCAGAUAUCAGGUUGGAUCCAAGUGCCUCAAUAAUGGGUGCUGUUCCUGCCGUUACAGCUGCCACUGCAGCUGCUGCUGGCGGUGAUAUGAGCCGCAUGGAUGUCUUGUCUGUUGGAAUUACGAGUGCAAAUGUUAAAUCAAAAUAUGUUGGAGAGAUUGCUGGAAUGAAGAGGAUGCUUGGUGUUAGCAUGAGUACUUUAACGUUAAAUGAGAUGCAAAGAACGUUGAGAAACGGUGGUACGGAAAACGAAGAGUCUCUACAUGUAGAGCUUAUUGAGCGCUUCAUUCAGCAGCUGCGGCAAUUUGAAACAGAUUCUCAACGCGGUCUAUCUAUCGAAAAAGAAAGAUACCGUGAUGCCUGUUUGCAAGCUGCAGCUCUACUUUUAUCCAACACUAAACCUACUAGUGAAGUGACUUCAAAGGCCACUUUCCAGCUGUUGCGAGUGCUGUGUUGGAGUCCCGCUCGCAUUUUCACCACGGAAGUGAUGGAGACGGGUGUGUUCGCGUGGACGUGGCUUUUUGCAGCGGCCCCUCAUUUCAGUUCCUUGGUGCUAGCUGAGCUCGUAGAUGCAUGGUUAUGGACAGUGGAAAGUAGGCGGGGUCUGUUUGCUGCAGGCGUCUCCAAUUCCGGGCCUGCAAUGCAGCUUCGUCCUCAACUCUUCCCUGGACAGCCUGGACCUCCUCCUGCUCAAGAUCCUGUCGAAGCUAUAAUUGCUCACAGAUUGUGGCUUGGAUUUUUCCUUGACAGGUUGGAGGUGAUAAAACACAGCGGAAGUGACCAGCUGCUAUUGAUGAUGCGCUUCAUGGAAGGAUCGGUGCAAACACAUACUCAUUUUUCAUCUCACCCAGGAGCUGUUGGCACUUUCUUUACUCUUUUGUUCUUGGGCCUAAAGACAUGUGAAUGCUUGGUUCAGAGCGGAUCUCCUAAUGGAAGUCUUGGUGUUCAGUUGUUGCGAGAUCGCAUUUACAGAGCUGCAUUUCAAUGGUUUGCAGUGGAGCCAACCUGGCAUGAAUCGAAGAUUGAAGGAAUGGCUGCAGCAGAGGCUCAGGCCGUAGCUACAUUUACUCAGCAAUUGGUCCUUGAUAUGCCUGAAACUACCAGUCAAUCGGAGUUACAAGGUCGUCCACCUUCUCGUUCAGCACGUCUCACCUCUUCAGCAUCUCUGCGUCAUUAUUCAUCACCAUCUUCCCGUCCAACUGGAAACUUAAUUAUGCAAAUGGAGAUUGAACACCCAGUUUGGGGCAAGAUAGACAAUGAUUCAAGAGCAAAUCAGAAACAAUUAUUGUGUAUGCUAUGCCAACAUGAAUCAGAUCGACUGGAUACUUGGGCUUACCCACUUAAGGUUUACGCAGUGCCUCGCUUGCAGAAGAUGAUACCAGAGCGGUGGGGAAAUUUUGUUAAGACUGCUUGGGCUGUUGAUCCCCGGAUCGCUCUUUCAUUGGUUGCUAGAUUUCCGGGUUCUGCUGCAUUAAAAGCAGAAGUUGGUAAUUUGGUUCAGAACAACCUCAAAGACUUGACAAAUGUUCCAGGGGCGUUACCAUACUUUGUAACUCCAAAAUCUGUUGAGGAGGAUUCAAGCGUUUUGCAAUGGUUACCGCAUUGGGCCCCGUGUUCUAUCACCAAUGCCCUGGCUUUUCUAACACCGGCCUACAAGGGCCACCAUCGUGUCAUGGCGUAUGUGCUUCGGGUCAUGGAGUUUUAUCCUCCUGAGAAAGUAACAUUCUUCAUGCCUCAGCUUGUGCAAGCCCUUCGCUACGAUCAAGGAGGACUGGUGGAAGGAUACUUGAUGGUUGCAGCUAGAAGAAGCAAUUUGUUUUCUCACAUAUUGAUAUGGCAGCUUCAGGGGGAAGAGGCGCCUGCAGAUGAUGACAUUAAAGAAGAUAAUGCAGUCGAGGAUAGUAUAUUGUACGAAAUUGUACCGAAGAUUAAGCAGCGUAUUAUUCGCAGUUUUUCUCCUGAAGCUCAUGAUAUCUUUCUUCGGGAAUUCCGAUUUUUCGACAAAGUAACCUCUAUCUCUGGAGUUCUCUUUCCCCUGGCUAAGGAGGAGCGACGAGCUGGUAUACGCAGAGAAUUGGAGAAGAUAGAAGUGGAAGGUGAUAAUAUUUAUCUGCCUACAGCACCACAUAUGUUAGUCAGGAGCAUCAAAAUGGACAGUGGUAUUCCACUGCAGUCGGCUGCGAAGGUGCCAAUAAUGAUCACCUUUAAUGUGGUGGAAAAAGAUGGUGAUCCCGACGAUUUCAAACCGCAAGCCUGCAUUUUUAAGGUGGGAGACGAUUGUCGGCAAGAUGUACUGGCCCUGCAGGUGAUCGCACUUUUGAGGGACAUAUGGAGAGCAAUAGGCGUGAACUUGUAUGUAUUUCCGUAUGGAGUGCUUCCCACGGGUUAUGGAAGGGGCAUAAUUGAGGUUGUACCUAAUGCGCGAAGUAGAAGUCAAAUGGGGGAGGUUACAGACGGAGGGCUGUUUGAGAUUUUCCAACAAGAAUACGGCCCCGUUGGUUCUGCCCGUUUCGAAGAAGCUCGUAACAAGUUUAUUGUUAGUAGCGCUGGCUAUGCUGUUGCAAGCCUUCUGCUCCAACCAAAGGACCGACACAAUGGAAAUCUUUUAUUUGACAACGAGGGAAGGCUGGUGCAUAUCGAUUUUGGCUUCAUACUUGAAACUUCCCCUGGAGGCAACAUGCGAUUUGAGAGUGCAGACUUCAAAUUGAGUCAUGAGAUGACUCAACUUUUAGAUCCCUCUGGAGUGAUGAAAAGCGACACCUGGAAUUACUUCGUCAGCUUGUGUGUGAAGGGUUAUCUGGCGGCAAGACUCCACAUGGACGGGAUCUUGAACACUGUCAAUUUGAUGAUUGACAGCGGUCUUCCAUGUUUCAGUCGAGGGGACCCUAUCGGCAAUCUUCGCAAGCGCUUACACCCUGAGCUGAGUGAGCGUGAAGCUGCAACUUUCAUGAUAAAGACAUGCGCUGAUGCUUAUAACAAGUGGAGCACAGCUGGGUAUGAUUUGAUCCAGUACUUGCAGCAAGGCAUUGAGAGAUAGGACCAUAUACUGGCAUAUCCACCAUAUAUCUAGUUUAGAAGUACAGCAUUAGGAUCUUAUUCAUUAAGUCGUAUGGUUGUCAUACUUACAAAAUUUGAAGGAUGGUUGCGAGAUUAGGAAGGAUAUCCGUACUUCAUUCAUUCCCUUCCGUGUAUCAUAUUAAUGUUGAGCUCAGAAUAUCAUACAAUUGAAUGGAACGCAAUUUUGUCGCGGGAAAGUUCUCUGUCGAUAUGUUAA